CUGAGUUUGGAUAACAGGAACUGAAGACUACUUCCUUUGACUUAACGGGAGCCACUUCUUCUGAAAAUCACUGGCCAUUCCUUUGAACAGCAUGUCAGAUCAGAAUUCUUCAUUGUACUCGGCAUCAAAAUCCAUGUAGAUAUGCUUCUCCAAUCACUGCCCAUUUGCCGCCAUACCCGUCACUUCCUCUUCCGCUGCACCUCCGUUUCAGCGCUUGCGGAAAUCUGCUACGCUUUCAUCUUGGUCAACGCAUCACCACCUCCAGAUGUUGCCGUGCAUCUCCUUUAAGUCAACGUCGUCGACAUCGGCAGCUUCCCCUCCAUCACCUGCAACCAUCAACCUCACUCUCGAUCCUCCUCCUGGAUCCCAAGGGAAUUCCCCCGAGAUCACACCCAGCUCGAGUACCCAGCCAUCGCCCGUCCUUAAUCUAACCCCAGAGUACACUCUUUCUUUUCAGACAAAUUCCUACAAUGAAAUGUGGUCCAGGAUUCAUGCUUAUGAUCCUGACGAACACCAAUCGGACCAACUUGAGAUCCACUACGAAGACGGUGAUCAACAUCGGCUGAAGUUGUCACAGGUGCUCCAACCAAAUAGGCAAUGCGUGGAAGAAGCUCUUAGAUAUGCCAAGCACAACACGCUCACUCGCCUUAUUUCCAGCUACUUUGACCACAGCGAGAAUACCACCAACCUUUGCCUACUCCUUCAACACUGCGUUCCUCGCGCUCGGCACCUUUACAGGCCUAUUGACAUGCUUCUUGAUGUCCUCCCGCAUGACUUAGACUCCAUUACUCAGCCCCAGUGCAACUGGGCAUUCCGUGUUUUUCUCGAAUUCGAUCGCCUUGACAACCCUUUCCCUUGCCCAGGCUCUCAGGACUUCCACGAGAUGCGCAGCUGCUUCUCCCAGCUUAGACAGCAACUGGACCGCAGACUCCAAAAAUCCAAGUCUCGUGUCCGCAUCCUUGGCCGCGCCACUGCUGGUUCUGCCAUUUGCAUCAUUGGUUCUGUUGUUGGAGUUGCAGUUUCUGCUGCUGUUAUCGCAUCUCAUGCUCUUGUUGCCCUUGUUGCAGGUCCCCUAUGCAGUGCUUACCUUCCUCGCGCUUUCAAGAAGAAGGAACUUGCUCAUAUUUCUCAACUCGAUGCUGCUGCCAAGGGUACUUACGUUCUCAACAAUGAUCUCGACACCAUUGAUCGUCUUGUUAACAUCUUGUAUAGCGAAAUUGAGGGUGAUAAAGGUCUCAUUCGCCUUGGAUUGGAGAGGGGGGAUGACAAGUAUGCCAUUCAGGAAAUUGUGAAACGGUUCCGCAAGAGCCAUGUGAGUUUCAUCCACCAGCUAAAAGAUCUUGAGGAACAUAUAUGCCUCUGCUUUAACACUGUGAACAGAGCUCGAUCUUUACUCCUCCAAGAGGUCAGUCUCCAUCGAAGUUAUAGUGCCUAACCCUGUUACAGGCUUGGUUUUGCUGAGAUUCACCCUUCUUUUCUGCAAUGUACAAAAACCCAAUAUAACUUGCUGGAGCAAGUUGCGAUGCCUAACUUGCUACCAUGCAUAAGCCAAGAAGCCAAUGUAGCCUGCUUGCCAUUGCCUAGCCUGACCAAGACAUGAAGAGUUCUCACUGCACCUUGUCAUGGCCAAUCAAGAUACUUUGGAGUCUUGUUACUGAUGCUAAUCCCUUAACCUUCUUGCUUUCAUAUGUCUCUCUGGCUGGUUCUGCUUCUGCCGAGCUGAUUGAUCUAUUUGGCAAGGUUUAAAAAUAAUGUAGUAAUCUUCAAGGAGAACAAGGUGACACUUCUCUUUGAACUCUUGAGAAUCACUGACAAUGCACCCUCCAGUGGCAUGAGCUAUGAGCUAUGAGCUAUGAGCUAUGAGCUAUGAGCUAUUUUGCAAUGGAUUUGGGUGGACAGUAGAGAAGAUGGGUGAAGAAUGUCUGAGAUUUUUAACCUUAGAAGUGCAGCUAUACAGGAAAAGAUCUCUGUUGCUUGUUAGAUUUUUAGGCAGCUAUAAAGAAAAAUACUGUAUCAAACAAAACCAUUGUUUGUUUCACCCCAAAAAAAGGAGAAGACUGGUUGUAGGGAAUGUUGUAAUUUUACUUAUUUUUUGGGGGAAAAUGUAUAAUCUUUUUUGGAA